AUGGCACCUAUAGAUCAAACAGAUCAACUCAGAUCCAUCCUCUCAACCAAACAAUCUGCCCUCCCUCCAUCUGCCAGGUCAAAGUCACCUCCACCGCGCGGAGGACGCAGUGCGUCUCGAGGGAAGGGUAAGGGGAAGCAAGGCGAUGAGGAUGAAGAGAGCUUCCUGAAGGAGAGUUAUCAGAUUUACACCCACCUAGCCUCUCUACGGCACCUCCUCACCUCUGUCCGUAAACCAUACCUGUCCUCCGCCGAACCCCCUCCCAUGUCCCGCCGUCGGCCUCAGAGACCAACGUCCAGCCAGGCAGGUGAUGAUGGGCAGGUGGAGGAAUGGGCGAAAUGGGAAAAGUCCAAGUAUUUGACGGACAAGGAGAGGGAUGAGAUUGACUUGAGGGCGCGGAUGAUUUUGAGGAGGUGUAAUGAGCGAGUCGGGGUAUUGGAGAGGGCUGAGAAAGCUCGCAAGACCAAAGUCAACUCGUCCCUCCCCGCAUCAUCCCUCUUCCAACUCCUCCCGUCCCUCGCCCUUCCCUCAUCUCCCUCCACUUCCUCCGAACCCAUCAUAUCUGCCCACCACGCCUCCAUCAUCUGGACGCUCAAUGACACCAUGGCAAAACUCACCGGUACCUUGAGCGACAUGCAGACAGAGCGCGUCAAACGCCGAGAAGAACGCGGCCGCACAUUAGGCAACGGCGCCAGCGCAGAAGCGGAGCGGCUAGGCAGGGCGAGGAAAGCCGGAGAGGGGAGAUUGAUACCAGACGGUGUCGUAGUCGAUGUGCACGAUGCCGCACUCAGUCCGACGAUGGGGUCUGAUCCCCAUUUACACUCGGGUUUGGGUAUCAUUGACCCUUCCGCCCCUCCCAUCGAGUCUCAGCUCUCGCAAGCUCAAAUGCAAGAGUUUGAAUCUGAAAACAACGCCCUACUCGAACACAUGUCUUCUACCCUCUCCUCCGUGCUCUCGGCAGAGAGCUCGCUUCUAGAAAUAUCCCAACUCCAAUCAGAGCUGGUGAGACAUCUGGCGCAACAGACGGAAGUGGUGGAGCAGCUGUACGAAGAUGCGGUAGGGAGUGUGGCGGAAGUUAGGAAAGCGAAUGAGCAGCUUGUAAAGGCGAGAGAGAGGGGCAAGGAGGGCAGGUUGUUCUUGUUGGUGUUCAUCCUUGGGGCGAGCUUUAGCUUGCUCUUCUUGGACUGGUAUGCGUCAUGA